AUGUCAUCGAUUAACCUGCCUCAGCCGCACCUCAAUGACUCAAUACAGGAAGUUGACAAGAGCUCUUGGUUAAUCUCAAAUACCCUUCUUCUUACCCAUUAUUCGUCGCCCCUCCCGGACAAUAUUCCAGCCAACCAAACAUGCUGGAGCGACGGCAAUGGAGGGCAUUUCGCUCUCUCCACCGCACCCAAGCCUCUUCCGAAUUCUAAGCCCCUCCUAGAGAACUCAUCUUAUAUUUCGAGAGUCCACGCAGUUGACAAUCAAGCGGCUGUCUGGAGGGCAGGCGAAGCCUUCAUCAAAGCGCAUCACAUGGACUAUCCCGAUGUAACCAGAGAGCAUGUGACUCUACAAUUUCUCAAAGAUCAAGAACCGCAUAAUUUUGGAUUCCCGAACGUCCUCCAUCAUUUCGAGACUGACUCGCGAUACUUCCUCGUCGUCUCGAGGGUGCCAGGCCAGCUCCUUCAUGAGGCUUGGCCCAAUAUGGACGACGAUCUUCGUCAGCAUUACAUCGGCAAGGUCGCGGAUGUUUGCAAUCGCUUAGCAGCAUGGAAGGGCGAUACCAUUAGCGGUGUAGAUGGACGCCAGCUGUUGGAACGUUAUCUCAUCAAAGGUAACAGCAAAAUGGCUGAUGCCCUUGCUCCACAACAGCUCCUAAAGAAUUGUACCGAGAUAUCUAUGGAUGUCUCUAGACUUGUCUUCUAUCACUGCGAUCUUGGUCCUACAAACAUUCUUGUCGAUAUCUCGACAGGCUCGCUAGGUAUCAUCGACUGGGAGCUUGCUGGCUAUGUCCCUAUCGAAUGGGUCAGAACAAAAUUCCGAAUCUCCGCAGGAAUGGAUUUUAAUUAUGGGAAUGAAUAUUCUAAAAAAGAUUGGCGCCGCCAGGUCGCACAGCGUCUGGAAAAAAUGGGCUACAACGAUGUCCUGGACGCAUGGUGGAAGUUUCAGGACAGCUUGUAG